CUUGCGGCCAGCGGCAGUGACCGCCCCGGCGCUGACGGCAGCGGCCCGGGGGGCGGUGUGGAUGCCCGCGGCGCCGGCUGGGGCAUCACCGCGGGCCUCGACCCCGAAAUGGCUCUGCUGGCCGAGCACCUCCUGAAGCCGCUGCCCGCGGAUAAGCAGAUCGAGACCGGGCCCUUCCUGGAGGCGGUGUCCCACCUGCCGCCCUUCUUUGAUUGCCUUGGCUCCCCAGUGUUUACACCCAUCAAGGCAGACAUAAGUGGCAACAUCACGAAAAUCAAAGCCGUGUAUGACACCAACCCGGUCAAGUUCCGGACCCUGCAGAACAUUCUGGAGGUGGAGAAGGAAAUGUACGGAGGAGAAUGGCCCAGAGUAGGAGCUACACUGGCACUGAUGUGGCUGAAAAGAGGCCUGCGCUUCAUCCAGGUCUUCCUCCAGAGCAUCUGUGAUGGAGAGCGGGAUGAGAACCACCCCAACCUCAUCCGUGUCAAUGCCACCAAGGCCUACGAGAUGGCCCUCAAGAAGUACCAUGGCUGGAUCGUGCAGAAGAUAUUCCAGGCGUUGCAACUGCCCCUCAGUAAUGAUAGCAUCCGCAUGCCAGGCCAUGAAUCAUAA